CCGGAAGUACUGCUGCGCAUGCGUAUCUACGAAUUACGUAGCUCGAGAAAGUUCGAGAUUUGAAAUUUCAUUGGUGUGGUGAAAAAGUUACUCAACAUUUUAGCUCAUAAAACAUUAUUUACGUGUUCGGUAGUGUUAAUUUAAAGUAAAACCAAGCUAUGUCUGACUGGGAUGAAGUUACAUACCUGAGAAAGAAGGCCCCUAAAUCCGGUGCUUUGAAAUCCGGAUCGGCUAUCGCAGCGGCUCAGAGACAAGGCCUCGAAGUAGAGACCUCGAAAAAGUUUGCUGGAGGUACGAACAGAAAGGCAGUUACCACAAAAGAUACAGCCAAACUUGACAGAGAGACUGAAGAGCUGCAUCAUGAUAAGCUUGGCCUUAGUGUUGGAAAGAUCAUUAUGCAAAGCAGGCAAGCCAAGGAAAUGACCCAGAAGGAUUUAGCCACAAAAAUAAACGAGAAGCCACAAGUUGUGAAUGACUAUGAGGCUGGAAGGGCCAUACCAAACCAACAGGUGCUUGGAAAACUGGAGAACGCUCUUGGAGUCAAGCUACGAGGAAAGGAUAUAGGUCAACCUCGGGGACCAAGAGGGAAAGGCAAGAAAUGAUUGACUGUAUAAAAUGUAGACCACAGACAUUCUCACCAGUGGAUACAUCCAUUUUACAGCGGUUUCAAUGGGCGCUUUAGCAACAUAUAAGAAAGCAUUAAUGCAAUAGAAAAGAUGGAAACUCCAGGAAUUGAUAGUGAAUCUGAACACAAGAAGAGAGGUACUACAGCAAGUGUAAAUUUUAUACCAGAAGAUAGGACUUAAAAAAUGUUUAAAUUUGUAAAAAUGGUGGCGUUGAGACAAGCAAAGGAUAACUCAUUGCAGAGUCUAAAUUCAGCGUAUUCCCGAAAUCUUAAUAUGCAGAUAACACGUGAAAGUACAAUGGAUGCUAAUUAAAUGUUUUUGUAAUUAGCUUUAUUUUUAUAUUUAAGAGCAAGCAAAGAUGCUUUGGUAAUUUUGUUUUAGGUUAUGGUACAACUCAUUGAAUUAUAUAAUGUUUCAUGAUUUUUAUUUUAUCUAAGGGAAAAUAAAGUUCCAUGUUUAAAAUAUCUUUUGUUGUGGUGACACUUUAUAAUGGUUAGCUAUAUGGUAACAAAUGUAGCACCAUUGCAAUGCAAUGUUGGAGACCUUCUUCGAAAUGGGUGCAAUUUAUUCCCACUUUUGUGCACACAAGAGUGCCCGUCGACUUGUGUGUUUCCAUUUUAUUGCAAAAACAUUGACUUGCAUGUUGCUGAUGAAGCGCCUUUUUUAAUAGAUCUCAU